AGGAGGAGGAACAGGUGUGGGUUAAGGGAAGCAAGGCUUUAAAAGGCAGAAUUUGUUAGCUCACAGGUCUCAAUCUAGAUAGAACUGUCUUGGGCACACACCCAUAUUAACACCCACGACAACACACAGAUAGGCCUAGACACUUUGGGAAUAUGGCUUCCAGCAACCCUCUGCCCAGUGGCACCAGUGUGUUCACCACUAUUCCAGACAUCUUCUUCAUCCCUGAGUUUGUGAGUACAGACAAAUCAAAUAAGUGUUCUGCUCUCAGCUGUGACUGGACUACUGCUCUUGACUCUAGAAAUAUUAUUUACUCUAAUGCUCUUUACUCAAGAAAUUGGAAUGAAUGCCCUUCACAUUUAUCAGAGGGAGACAAAUGUGAUUGUUUAAUGUAAUAUUUGGGUAUGCAUGAAGUAUUUCAGAGUGCACUGACAGGAGUAUUACUUUAGAAUGGCAGACACUGUGUGUAGACUCAUACCAUGCACUUUUUUGAUUGGUGCAGCCUUCAUGGUCAGGUAUCCCUUGCGAUAGAGACUAUGUGUAACAAUGGGCUUUUCCUGGUUAAAUAAAGGUACAAAUUCAAAUAAAUGGUGGUGCAUUUCUGCUGGUAAUUGUUACCAUAGUACUUGAAAAUAUGUUGGGCCAUGGUGAUUUCUGGUUUGUGAAUAUCAGUUAAAUCCUUAUCUGAAACCAAACUAUGGAGAUCACAUGUUCCGUACUGUAUCAAAACGCCAUUAAUCCAAUUUUUAUUGCCGUGUUUGUUGAAGGAGGGGGCAGAAUGUGUGUGUGAGUUUGGAAAUGACUGUGUAUGAAGCAGUAUCAGCUUCUCUAUGGAGAAAUUGUGGCAUUUGUAUCUAGUAACUAAUCAAAUAGCAUAUGAUUAUGAACAAGUGUUCAUUUGGAUGUUUUUGACAGAGGUAAAGAUAACAUAGAAACCUUAACUGUUUAUUGUUACAUGCCCUAGCUGUCACAGCCAUUACUUGGUGAAAUGUUCUAUGCAAAUGGUUGAACCCCUGACUAAAGUAGGUUUAGUAAGACAGAGCUGUCAGACCUUGCCUAGAGGUGCAUGUUUACUUACCUUGUUACUGUGGCCUGCUCUCUGUGGUCUUACCACAACACAUGGAGUGACACUAUUGGGGUGACAUUAAGAAGUGGAUGGCUGAUUGAACCAUCAAAUCCCUUGACCAACAACUUGUCAACUAAAUGCAUUGAUGUUAACUUUAUGACUUUAUGACUGUAUGUGUUCUGUGUUCUCUCUCUCUCUCUCCUGUGUGUGUGUGUGUGUGUGUGUUUGUGUGUGUGUGUGUGUGUGUGUGUGUGUGUGUGUGUGUGUGUGUGUGUGUGUGUGUGUGUGUGUGUGUGUGUGUGUGUGUGUGUGUGUGUGUGUGUGUGUGUGUGUGUGUUUGCAUGUGUGCUUGUUGGCAGAUAUUCGGGGGUCUGGUGUGGACCCUAGUGGCCUCCACAAAGGUGCUGAUUGCGAACCCUCAGGGCUGGGUGAUGUUUGUCUCUGUGUUCUGCUUCAUCUUCACUACACUGUGGUUCCUCAUCUUCAUCAGUGGAGCCAAUAAGAGCAGCAUCUGGCCCACACUGGUGAGUCUGAGAGCCAUUCAUACAGCCAUCUUUGAUCAAAGUGAUUUACUCAAAAUGGAUGAAAAUGACGAUGAUAUGGAUUUUCUUCCCAUCCUAAAUGUGUAAUGAAAAAUAAUGUUAAUGAUGAUGAGAGUAUAAUGAACAUUAUGUCUAUUGAAAGGCUGUAGUGUUAUAACAGGUAGUCUCUAUUGGAUGAUGACUGUAACUCUCAUGUGUUUCUUUCAUCUUCUCAAAUAGCAAGGGGACUCAGAGAGGAAGAUAGCGUAGAUCGCUCUCGAAGAGACUAGCAGAACUGCUUGAGCGAGAUCACUCUAUCUCUCUUCUCUCUAUCUCUCUCGCUCUAUCUCUCGCUCUUCUCUUCUCUCUCUCUCUUCUCUCUUCUAUCUUCUCUCUCUCUCUCUCUCUCUCUCUCUCCUCUAGGAUGUUGCGUAUCAUGCCCUUGCAGCCUUCUUCUACCUCAGUGCAGCAGUGGUACAGGCCAAUGUCACCCUUGGUCUACAACAAUUCACCACUGUAUUCUUCAAAGAAUACCAAUUGGACAUUGCUGCAGUGGUAUGUUCCAUCACUCCUGUGAUUCAAACAAAGUGUACUUCAACUGAACCCUACUGCAUGUUCCCCAAGAAGAACCAUGUUGAAUAUUGUAGUAUCCUAAAUAGUAGCCUAAAUAGGUUACACUGCAGUGCAGGGGUUCUUAAACCUUUUCAGCCUUGGACACGAAUAAGAAAUGUAGUGUUUUCCUGGGACCCAAACUAAUGAAAACAUGCCUCCUUUUGGGGACCCUAAGCAAGAUUUGGUUGGGGGCUAUAUUUCCUGCAAUUCUACACAUUUUCCCAUGACUUAUACCAUGUUAAUAUGAUAUCUGAGUGAGAGUGAGUAACAAGAUCAAUUAACAUGUCCACUUUGGGUCGCAACCCACCAUUAACAUGUCCACUUUGGGUUGGCUGCUGUAGUGUUCAACUUCACAUAACCAAGUGAGAGAACUAGUGGUCGAUCCCACUCCUCACCUUUCUGUAUCUUGUAUUUUUCCUGUAGGUGAUGUGUUAUCUGGUGACUCUGCUCUACACUAUCCAUGCCAUCUUUUCUGCGAUGAGAUGGAAGAAUUCCUCAUGAAGACCAGCAUCUACAAGACAACAGACAAUGGGACAAUAGACAUUAGACAAGGCUUUGAUAUGACAUCAAUUGUAAUCUGUACAUAUUACAAUAUUUUUCUAAAUGAUUUUCUUCCUGCAAAUACCAGAAACCAAUCUGGAGUGAAAUGCAUGUACAAUAAUAAAACAAAUAAAAUAAAAAAAUAUAUGUUUUAUAUUUAACCAA